UUUAUCUAAGGAAGAAGAAGGUUUUGAUGUUUUAGUGAAAGGUUAGAUUUUUUUUUCCCGAUCUUCUUCAGGCUCCUCGUAUCGUAAUCUCUCUUCUGGAUCCAAGGUGAUGAGCUCUACGUCUUCCUCCCAGAUGGGUCAGCUUGUAGCUGACAAGCAUGUACGUUACAUUCUGAUGGCAGAAAAGAAGAAAGAGAGUUUUGAGUCUGUGGUGAUGGAUCAUCUAAGAAUGAAUGGUGCUUACUGGGGACUCACCACUCUCGACUUACUCGACAAGCUGGGCUGUGUUUCUGAAGAUGAAGUCGUUUCAUGGCUCAUGACUUGCCAGCAUGAAUCUGGUGGCUUUGCCGGUAAUACUGGACACGAUCCACAUAUUCUAUAUACACUCAGUGCCGUACAAAUCUUGGCCCUCUUUGACAAAAUUAACAUUCUUGACAUUGGGAAAGUAUCAAGUUAUGUUGCUAAGUUGCAGAACGAAGAUGGAUCCUUCUCAGGAGAUAUGUGGGGAGAAAUAGAUACGAGGUUUUCGUACAUAGCUAUUUGCUGUCUCUCAAUAUUGAAAUGUCUUGACAAAAUCAAUGUGGAGAAGGCAGUUGAGUACAUUGUGAGCUGCAAAAACCUGGAUGGUGGUUUUGGGUGCACACCUGGAGCAGAGUCCCAUGCAGGACAGAUUUUCUGCUGUGUGGGUGCUCUUGCUAUCACUGGGAGUCUCCAUCAUGUUGAUAAGGACUUACUUGGUUGGUGGUUAUGUGAAAGACAAUUAAAGGGUGGGGGCUUAAAUGGACGACCUGAGAAACUCGCUGAUGUUUGCUAUUCUUGGUGGGUCCUAUCGAGCCUAAUCAUGAUAGAUAGAGUUCACUGGAUCGACAAAGCAAAGCUUGUCAAGUUCAUUUUGGACUGUCAGGAUUUGGAAAACGGAGGCAUCUCAGACCGACCCGACGAUGCUGUUGAUAUCUUCCACACCUACUUUGGAGUUGCUGGGCUUUCCCUCCUUGAGUAUCCUGGAGUCAAAGUAAUUGAUCCAGCCUAUGCUUUGCCUGUUGAUGUCGUCAACCGUAUUAUAUUCACCAAAUGAUUGCAAAGGGUGUGAUCUUAAUGGUCAAAAUAGUAUGGCACUAAGGCUCUAUAUGCUUUGUUCAUUGAACAGUUUACCUAGGCGGUUUUAGAAGUUUUGUAUGCUCAAGGAGGAGACAUUAUAAGAACCAAGUGGAUUGGAAUCAGUGAUUACUGUUGAUGAUAAAGUUAGAUAUUGUUGGUUUAUUCCUUGAGCACUUUGCAAAACUCAACAGUCUCGCAAUGUUGUAUUACUUUGCUACAUUAUUGAGGUUUCUGAUGUAAUGGAAAUGAAGUUGUGUUGCUACACUAUAUAAAUCACAGUGUGACAUAAAGCA